AUGUCUGCUCUCUCUGAUCUGGAGAUUGUGGCCCAAUCAAUAUCAUUUAUUUUUGCUGGCUAUGAGACCACAAGCAAUACGCUUUCGUAUAUUAUGUAUACACUGGCCACUCACCCUGAUGCCCAGAAGAAACUCCAGCAAGAAAUUGAUGCAAUUCUGCCCAAUAAGGCACCUGCCACUUAUAAUGACCUGGAAAAGAUAGAAUAUCUGGACAUGGUGAUCAAUGAAACUCUGAGAUUAUAUCCAAUUGGUGCCAGAAUUUCCAGACUUAGUAAGAAAGAUGCUGAAAUCAGUGGUGUGUUCAUUCCCCAAAAUACAGAAGUAGCUGUACCUAUCUUUCUUCUUCACCGAGAUCCAAAGUACUGGCCAGAGCCUGAGAAAUUUUGCCCUGAAAGGUUCAGCAAGGAGAAUAAAGACAGAAUCAAUCCUUAUGUAUACAUGCCUUUUGGAAAUGGUCCUAGAAACUGCCUUGGCAUGAGGUUUGCUCUCAUUACCAUGAAGCUUGCUGUUGUCAAAAUCUUCCAAAACUUUUCUGUGCAGCCCUGUGAGGAAACAGAGAUUCCUUUGAAAUUAAGUAAGAAACUGAUUCUUUCUCCAGAAAAACCCAUUGUUCUGAAAGCUACAUCAAGAGAUGGAGCCAUAAAUGAAGGCUGA